AUGAGUCUAGACAAGGGCAGAGUCCCUAAGGGCAGGGUAGUGGCCAGUGGUACCACAGACAGGUACUGGAAGGGCAGGAGGCAGAGGCGGGUAGGGCAGAGGGCAGGGUACUGGGCAGAGGGCAGGGUACUGCAAGGUAGGGACUGGGCAGGGUACGUAGGGACAGAGGGCAGGGUACUGGACAGAGGUAGGGUAGUGGACAGAGGCAGGGUACUGGGCAGAGGGCAGGGUACUGGCAGAGGGCAGGGUACUGGGCAGAGGGCAGGGUACUGGGCAGAGGGCAGGGUACGAGGGCAGGGUACUGGGCAGAGGGCAGGUUGGGAGAGGGCAGGGUACUGGGCAGAGGGCAGGGUAUUGGACAGGGCAGGGACUGGGCAGAGGGUAGGGCUGGACGGGAGGAGGGUACUGGACAGAGGGCAGGGUACUGGACAAAAGGGCAGGGUACUGGGCGGAGGGAGGGUAUGGACAGAGGGCAGGGUACUGGACAGAGGGCAGGGUACAGCAGGGACAGGGUACUGGGACAGAGGGCAGGGUACUGGCGGAGGGCAGGGUACUGGGCGGAGGGCAGGGUAGUGGGCGGAGGGCAGGGUACUGGGCAGAGGGCAGGGUAGUGGGCGGAGGGAAGGGUACUAGGCAGAGGGCAGGGUACUGGGCAGAGGGCAGGGUACUGGGCAGAGGCAGGGUACUGGACAGAGGGCAGGGUACUGGGCAGAGGGCAGGGUACUGGACAGAGGGAGGGUAUGGGCAGAGGGCAGGGUAUGGGCGAGGGAAGGGUACGGGCGAGGCAGGGUAUGGCGAGGGAAGGGUACUGGACAGAGGGCAGGGUACUGGACAGAGGGCAGGGUACUGGGCGGAGGGCAGGGUACUGGGCAGAGGGCAGGGUACUGGGCAGAGGGCAGGGUACUGGCAGAGGGCAGGGUACUGGGCAGAGGGCAGGGUACUGGGCAGAGGGCAGGGUACUGGACAGAGGGCAGGGUAGUGGGCAGAGGGCAGGGUACUGGACAGAGGGCAGGGUACUGGACAGAGGGCAGGGUACUGGACAGAGGGCAGGGUACUGGACAGAGGGCAGGGUACUGGACAGAGGGCAGGGUACUGGGCAGAGGGCAGGGUACUGGACGAGGGAGGGUAGUGGGCGAGGCAGGUAGCGAGGCAGGGUACUGGACAGAGGGAAAGGGUACGAGGGCAGGGUAGGGCAGAGGGCAGGGUACUGGGCAGAGGGCAGGGUACUGGGACAGAGGGCAGGGUACUGGACAGAGGGGGCGCAGAGGGGUACUGGGCAGAGGGUAGGGUACUGGCAGAGGGCAGGGUACUGGACAGAGGGCAGGGUACUGGGCAGAGGGCAGGGUACUGGGCAGAGGGCAGGGUACUGGGCAGAGGGCAGGGUACUGGGCGGAGGGCAGGGUAGUGGGCAGAGGGCAGGGUACUGGGCAGAGGGCAGGGUAGUGGGCAGAGGGCAGGGUACUGGGCGGAGGGCAGGGUACUGGACAGAGGGCAGGGUACUGGACAGAGGGCAGGGUACUGGGCGGAGGCAGGGUAUGGGCAGAGGGCAGGGUACGUGGCAGAGGGCAGGGUACUGGGGCAGGAGGGCAGGGUUAUGGGCAGAGGGCAAGGGUACUGGCAGAGGGCAGGGUAGUGGGCAGAGGGCAGGGUACUGGGCAGAGGGAAGGGUACUGGCAGAGGGCAGGGUACUGGGCAGAGGGCAGGGUACUGGGCAGAGGGCAGGGUAGUGGGCAUGUAGAGUAGUGGGCAGAGGGCAGGGUACUGGACAGAGGGCAGGGUACUAGCAGAGGGCAGGGUAGUGGGCAGAGGGCAGGGUACGGGUGGAGGGCAAGGGCAGGGCGGGUACUGGCAGAGGGCAGGGUAUGGGCAAGCAGGUGGUACUGGACAGAGGGCAGGGUACUGGACAGAGGGCAGGGUAUGGGCACAGGGCAGGGUAGUGGCAAGGGCAGGGUACUGGGCGGAGGGCAGGGUACUGGGCAGAGGGCAGGGUACUGGACAGAGGGCAGGGUAAGCUGUUUAACAGUCUAAUGGCCUGGAGAUAGAAGCUGUUUUUCAGUCUCUUGAUCCUAGCUUUGAUGCACCUGUACUGUCUCCUCCUUUUAGGUGAUAGUGGGGUUGAACAGGCCGUGGCUCGGGUGGCUGAGGUCCUUGAUAAUUGAUGAACCUUUGUGAACCUUGCCUCUAACCAAUCAGAGUAUCAAAGCCAAUGACACAUUUUCAAAACACCACUUUACCCACGUGUGUUCUGGCUCUUGCCCAACCCAUCAGUUUGUGGGACCAAUCAGAACGGUUAGAAUUUGUUUGUGUUCUAGAAAUCGUCAGGGAGGUACUCAGAUCCAGACUCAUUGAGGAGAAGAAUCGAACGUCCGUGGGCGUGGCCUAGCGUUUGGGUAGCCAGGCAGAUGUGAACCAAUCCCUUUUACACAAACCGCUCUUUUCAUCCAACCCUCCAUAUUUAGCUCAAUGAGUGCAAGUACAAUGACAGAGAACAUAGAGUAUAUGAACCGAAUGAUGAACUUCUAUGAAAUUAUUGACCAACCCUUAUAGACUGAACUCUCUGUCCAUCCAUCUCUCCUUCUCUCCAUCCAUCUCUCCCUCCCUCUCUAGCCCGAUGCCCACCUAUCGCGUUGACGCUGAUAAAGGCUUUAACUUCUCCCUGGCGGACGACGCCUUCGUGUGUCAGAAGAAAAAUCACUUCCAGGUCACCGUGUACUGCGGCAUGCUGGGAGAUCCCAAGUACAUCAAGACCAGCGAGGGCCUCCAGCCUAUCGACUGCUUCUAUCUCAAACUCAAUGGGGUUAAGGUGAGGGAGGAGAGGUGAUCCUUUGUGAAUCCCUAAUCAUCCCCUAGCCUUUAGCUCCUAGCUGACUUCCCUCCUGUAGAUGUAAGAUAUUGGAUAGGUUUUAAACAAAAUGAUAAGAAUUGGUUCAACUUGCCUUCUGAUUAGCAAGGGGGAGGUUUGGCCACCUAUCCAAUCCCUUCAGGUCUACAUGAGGAAGGGGCCAGGGUUUGAUUUAAUUUAAUACUACUUUCUUUCAUCAACUGACUGAAUCGUCUCCUGUGUUGCCUUCCAGCUGGAAGCCAUGAACCAGUCCAUCAACGUGGAGCAGUCCCAAUCAGACCGAAGCAAGAGACCAUUCAAACCAGUCCUGUGAGUCUCUGUCUCCUAGCACUGAUUUGGCUAUUAGCUAGAGAAUGAUUGUGAUCCCUCUGAAUGAGACCGUCUGCUAAAUUACUCAAAUGUAAAUAGGUCACGGAGGGAGGAAAAUACUGUAUAUGAGAGGGGAAGGCAAAGACACCAUUUUGAAAAAGUCGAAAAGGUAAUGUUUAACGUGUCAUUUGUAAUGUUUAACGUGUUUUCAGGGUGACAACAUCCCCCGAGCGGUUUACCAAGGUAAAACCGUGGGAGACUACACUUCAGUGAACCACAGCCAAUAACAUGAGGAAGAAAGGCCAAACCCAACCCUGACCAAAAGGGUAAUAUACUAACGCACCCAACCCUGACCAGAGGUAAUAUACUAACGCACCCCACCCUGACCAGAGGUAAUAUACUAACACACCCCACCCUGACCAGAGGUAAUAUACUAACACACCCCACCCUGACCAGAGGUAAUAUACUAACACACCCCACCCUGACCAGAGUAUAUACUAACGCACCUGACCAAGUAAUAGACUAACACACCCCACACCCCUGAACCAGAGGUACUAUACUAACAUCACCCUGAACCAUAGGUAAUAGUGACUAACACACCCCACCCCUGACCCACUGUAAUCUACGAAACACUACCACCCUGACCAGAGGUAAUAUACUAACACACCCCCACCUGACCUAGGUAAAUAUACUACACACCCCACCCUGACCAGAGGUAUAACUAACACACCCCACCUGACCAGAGGUAAUAUAACUAACUCACACCCUGACCAGAGUAAUAUACUAACAAAACACACGCCCUCGACCCAGAGUAUAUACUAACACAACCCCACCCUGACCAAGUUAAUAUACUAACACACCUGAACCAUAGGUAAUAUACUACACACCCUGACCAGAGAGGUAAUAUACUAACACACCCCCACCUGACCAGAGGUAAUAUACUAACCACCCACCCUGACCGAGGUAAUAUCCUUAACACAAACCCCACCCUGACCAGAGGUAACUAUACGAACACCCCCUGACCAGAGGUAAUAUACUAACACCCCUGACCGAGAAUAUACUAACCACCCCACCCGACCAAGGUAAUAUACUAGACACGACCCCCCCUGACCAGAGGUAAUAAUACUAACACACCCCACCUGCCAUAGGUUAAUAUACUACACACCCUGACCAUAGUAAUAUACUAACACAACCCUGCCAGAGGAUAUACUAACACACCUGACCAGAGGUAAUAUACUACACACCCGGACCAGAUGUAAUUAUACUAACCACACCUCCCACCUGACCAGAGGUAAUUACUAACACAACACCCUACCAAGUAAUAUACUAACACCCACACCCCUGACGCAUAGUAAUAUACUAACACCCCCACCCUGACCCAGAGUAAUUACUAACACACCCAACCUACCAAGUUAAUAUACUCACACACCCCACCCUAACCAGAGGUAAUACUACUAACACACCCCACCCUGACCAGCGUAAAUACUAACACCCUGACCAGAGUAAUAUACUCCCGCACCCUGACCAGAGUAAUAUCCUAACACACCCCCCCACCCUGAACCAGAGGUAAUUACAACACAACACCCGACAGAGGUAUAUACUAACACAACCCUGACCAGAGUAAUAUACACCACACGCCCACCCUGACCAAGGUCAAUAUACUAACACACCCCUGACCAGAGUAAUAUCCUACACACCCCCCUGACCAGAGGUAAUAUCUAACCACACCCCCCACCUGACCAGAGGUAAUAGCCUAACACACCCCAACCCGGACCAGGGUAAUAGACUAAAAACACCCCACCCUGACCAGAGGUAAUAUACUACCACCCCACCCUGACCAUAGUAAUAGACUACACACCCCACCCUUACCAUAGUAAUAUACUAUAACACACCCCCACCACCCCCUGACCAGAGGUAAUAUACUAACCACACCCACCCUGACCAGAGGUAUAUCUAACCACCCCACCUGACCAGAGGUAUAUACUACACACCCCACCUGACCAGAGUACAUACUAACAACCCUGACCAGAGUUAAUAUACUAAACACACCCUACCCUGACCAGAGGUAAUAUAGCUAACACACCCCCACCCCGGACCAGAGGUAAUAUACUAACACACCCCACCCUGACCAGAGGAAUGUACUAACACACCCUGACCGUGAGAGGUAUAUACUAACACACCCACCCUGACCAGAUGUAAUAUACUAAAACAAACCCCACACCCUGACCAAGGUAAUAUACUAACACACCCCCACCCUGACCCAGGUAAUAUACUAACACACCACCACCCUGACACAUAUGUACUAUUACCUAAACACACCCCACCCUGACCAUAGGUAAUAUACUAACACACCCUGACCAGAGGGAAUAUACUACCACCCUGACCAGAGUAAUAUACUAACAACACCCACCCUGAACCCAGAGUUAUACUAACACACCCCACCUGAACCCAGGGUAAUAGACUAACACACCCCACCCUUGGGGGGUAAAAAAAACCCCCAGAGGUAUAUACUACCCACCCUGACCAGAGGUAAUAUACUAACACAAUCCCUGACCAGAGGUAAUAUACUAAACAUAUACCCACCCUGACCAGAGGUAAUAUACUAACACAACCCACCCUGACGCAGAGGAAUAACUACACACCCACCCUGACCAGAGUAAUAUACUAACACACCCCACCCUGACCAGAGGUAAUAUACUAAACCACCCCAACCCUGACAGAGGUAAUAUACUACACACCCCACCCGACCAGAGGUAAUAUACUAAACACCCCUACCAAGUAAUAUACUAACACAGCCCCACCCUGACCAGAGGUAAUAUACUAAACACACCCUGACCAGAUGUAAUAUUACUACACACCUGACCAAGUAAUAUUACUAACACAACCCCCACCCUGACCAGAGGUAUAUACUAACACACCCCACCCUGAUCAGAGGUAAUAUACUAACACCCCCACCCUGACCAUAGGUAUAUACUAACACACCCCACCCUGACCCGGGUAUAUAUUAACACACCCCCACCCUGACCAAGGUUAAUAUACUAACAACUAACACAGGCUCCCACCCUGACCAGAGUAAUAUACUAACACACUAACACAAACCCCAACCCUGAACCAAGGUAUAUACUAACACACCCUGACGCAGAGGUAAUAUACUAACACACCCCGUACCAGAGGUAUAUACUAACACCCCCACCCUGACCAGAGGUAAUAUACUACACACCACCCCUACCAGAGUACUAUACUAACCUAACCCGACCAAGGUAAUAUACUAACAAACCCCACCCUACCAGAGGUAAUAUACUAACACACCCCCCACCCUACCAGAGGUAAUAUACUAACACCCCCUGACCCAGAGGUAAUAUACUAUCACACCCCCACCCUGACCAAGGUAAUAUACUAACACCCCACACCCUGACCCAGAGGUAAUAUAUACACACACCUGACCAGAGGUAAUAUACUAACACAACCCCACCCUGACCAGAGGUAAUAACUCACAGAACACACCCCACCCCGACCAGAGGUAUAUACUAACACACCCACCCUGACCAGAGUAAUAUAACUAACACACUCCCACCCUGACCAGAGGUCAUAACUAACAACACCCCACCCUGACCGAGGUAAUAUACUAACACAACCCCACCCUGACCAGAGGUAAUAUCCUACCACACCCCCCUGACCAGAGGUAAUAUACUAACACACACACACACCCCCACCCUGACCAGAGUAAUAGAACUAAACAGACCCCUGACCAUCGGUAAUAUACUAACACAACCCACCCUGACCAGAGGGAAUAUACUAACACACUCCCUGACAGAGGUAAAUAUACUACACACCCCACCCCUGACCAAAGGUAAUAUAACAACCCACCCACCCUGACCAUAGGUCAUCUACUAACACACCCUGACCAGAGGUAAUAUACUAACACACCCCCCCCUGACCGAGGUAAUAAACUAACACAUCAUCCCUGACCAUAGUAAUAUACAACCACCCACACCCUGACCAGAUGUCAUAUACUACCACACUCCCAACCUGACAGCGGUAAUAUACACCAAACCCAUCCCUGACCAGAGGUAAUAUACUAACACACCCCCCCUGACCAGAGGUAAUAGACUAACACACACAAAGCCCCCACCCUGACCAUAGGUAAUAUACUAACACACACCCCACCCUACCAGAGUAAUAUACUAACACCCCACCCUGACCAGAGGUUAAUAUCUACCAAACCCUGACCAGAUGUAAUAUACUAACACACCCACCUGACCAGAGGUAAAUAUACUAAACACACCCACACCCUGACCAGAGGUAAUAUCUACACAUCUCCUGACAAGUAAUAUACUAAUCACACCACCCCCAACCCUUGACCAAUUUAUAUACUAACAAACACCCACCGACCAAGGUAAAUACUACACACCCCACCCGACCUCAGAUGUAAUCUACUAACACACCCACCCUGACCAAGUAAUACUACACACCCACCCUGACCGAGGUAAUAUACGUAACACCCCCACCCGACCAUAGGUACUAUACUAACACACCCCACCUGACCAAGGUACUAUACGAAACAACAACCCCACCCCUGACCAGAAGUAAUAUACUAACACACCCUGACCAAGGUAAUAUAUAACACACCCCACCCUGCCGAGGUAUAUACUCAAACACAAACAAACCUGACCAGAGGUAAUAUACUAACAACAAGCCCCACCCUUACCAGAGGUUAUAUACUAACACUACACACCCCACCCCGACCAGAGGUAAUUAUACUACACCCUGACCAGAGUAAUAUACUCACACAGCCCUGACCGAGUAAGAUACUAACACCCUGACCAGAGUAUAUACUAACACCCCUGACCAGACAGGUAAUUACUAACACAUCCUGCCCAAGGUAAUAUCUAACUACACCCCCCCCUGCCAGAGGGUUAAUAUACUAACACAGCCCCACCCUGACCAGAGGUAAUAUACUCACACACCCACCCUGACCAGAUGUAAUAUACUAACACACCCCCACCCUGAUCCAGAGGUAACAUACUAACACACCCUGAACCAGAUGAAAUAUACUAACCCCCCCACCCUGCCAGAGGUAUAUACAACACCACACCCUGACCAGAGGUAAUAUACUAACAAAACCCCACCCUACCAGAGGUAAUAUACUAACACCCACCCUGACCAGAGGUAAUAUACUAACACACCCCACCCUGACCAGAGGUAAUAUACUAACACACCCUGACCAGAGGUAAUAUACUAACACACCCCACCCUGACCAGAGGUAAUAUACUAACACACCCCACCCUGACCAGAGUAAUACACUACACCCCUGACCAGAGUAAUCUACUACCACCCCACCCUGACCGCAGAGUACCUAUACUAACACACCUGACCAGAGUUAAUAGCUAACACACCCCACCCUGACCAGAGGUAAUAUACUAACACACCCCACCCUGACCAGAGGUAAUAUACUAACACACCCACCCUGACCAGAGGUAAUAUACUAACACACCCCACCCUGACCAGAGGUAAUAUACUAACACACCCCUGACGAGAGGUAGAUACUACACAAACACACCCAACCCCUGACCAUCGGUAAUAUACUAACCACCCCCACCCUGACCAGAGGUAAUAUCCUACACAACACAACCUGACCAGAGUAAUAUACUAACACACCACCCCACCCUUACCAGAGGUAAAAUACUAACACAAAGCCCCCCUUACCAGAAGUAUAUCUACAGCCAACCCACCCUUACCAGAGGUAAUAUACUAACCACCCCACCCUGACAAGGUAUAUACUAACACAGCCCACCCUGACCAGAGUAAGUAUAACGAACACACCACCCUGACCAGAGGUCUAAUACUAACACACCCACCUGACAUAGGUAUAUACUACACGACCCCACCCUGACGCAUAGUAAUAUACUAACACACCCCCACCCUGGACCCGAGUAAUAUACUACACACCCUGACCAGAGGUAAUAUCCUACACAACCACCCGACCAGAGGGUAAUAUACUACACACCCCACCCUGACCAGAGGUAAUAUACUUACACACCCCCCUGACCAGAGGUAAUAUACUAACACCCCCCCUACCAGAGUUAUUACUAACACACCCCGACCAGAGUAUAAGAUACUAACACACACCCACCCCUGACCAAGGUAAUAUACUAACACCCCUGACCAGAGGUAAUAUACUAACACACCCCUACCAGAGUUAAUAUACUAACCCACCCCCACCCUGACCAGAGGUAAAUACGAACACAUUACCUGACCAGAUGUAAAUCUACUAACUAACGCCCCCCCCUGACCAGAGGUAAUAUACUAACCCCCCCACCCUGACAGAGGUAAUAUAACUAACACACCCUGACCAGAGGUAAAUACUACUAACACCCACCCCUGACCAGAGUUAAUAUACGAACAGCACCCCACCCUGACCAAGUAAAUACUCACACCCCCACCCUGACCAGAGGUAAUUACUAACACACACUACACAUACCCUGACCAAGUAUAUACUAACACACCCUGACAGAGUAAUCUAUCUACACCAGCCCCCACCCGGACCAUAGGUAAAUAUCUAACACAUUACCCCCAGCCCGACAGAGUAAUAUACUAACCACCCUGACCAGAGGUAAUAUAAUAACACAAACUAACACACCCUUCACACCCCUGACCCAGGAGGUAAAUAUACGAACACACCCACCCUGACCAGAUGUCAUAUACUAACACAACCCUUACCAGAGGUAUAUCUAACACAACCCCACCCUGAACCGUAGGUAAUAUACAACCAGACACACCCCACCCUGACGCAGGGUAAUAUACUAACAACACCCCACACUGACCAGAGGAAAUAUAAUAUAACACACACCCACCCUGACCAGAGGUAAUAUACUAACACACCCCACCCUGCCCCAGAGGUAUAUACUAACCACUCAAGGCCCCACCCUGCCAGAGGGUAAUUAGACACACCCCACCCUGACAGAGGUAAUAUCUAACACAACCCACCCUGACCAGAGGUAAUAACUAACACACCCUAGCCAGAGUAAUAGCUAAACACACCCCACCCUGACCAGAGGUACUAAUACUAACACACCCCUGACGCAGAGGAAUUACUAACCAGCCCCACCCUGCCCAGCGGUAAUAUACUACAACAAACACCCCCACCCUGACCAAGGUAACUCUAACACACCCUACCAAGGUUAUACUCAACCACCCUGACCAAGGUAAUAUACUAACCACCCCAACUAACACCCCCCACCCCUGACCAUAGGUAAUAUACUACACACCCACCCCUGACCAGAGGUAAUAUAACUAACACACCCACCCUGACCAGAGUAAUAUACUAACACACCCUGACCAGAGGUAUAUACUAACACACCCUGAACCAUAAGGUAAUAUACUACCACAACCCCCUGACCAGAUGUAAAUAUCUAACACACCCACCCUGACCAUAGGUAAUAUACUACACAACAACCCUGACCAGAGUAAUCACUAACCACACCCACCUGACCAGAGGUAAUAUACUACCACCCCCCACCCUGACCAGAGGUCAUAUACUAACAUCAACAACCCCACUGACCAUAGGUAAAUACAAUAACACCCCUGUACCAUAGUACUAUCUAACCCAACCCCACCCUGACCAAGUAAGAUACUAACACAACCCCCACCCUGACCAGAGGUAAUUCCUAACACACCCCGACCAGAGGUAAUAUACUAACACACCCACACUGACAGAGGUAAUAUAACUAACACACCCCACCCCUGACCAGAGUAAUAUACUACACAUGAACCCCACCCUGACCAGAGGUAAUAUACUAACGCACCCCACCCUGACCAUCGGUAAUAAUACUAACACACCCUACCCACCCGACCGAGGUAAGAUAUAACACACAACCCCACCCUGACAAGUAAUUACAACACCCCUGUACCAUAGUAAUAUACUAACCACCCACCCUACCAGAGGUAAUAUACUAACACACCCUGACCAGAGGUAAUAUCCUACACCCCCACCCUGAACCAGCGUACAUCCUAACCACAACCCACCCCUGACCAGAGGUAAUAUACUAACACACCCCACCCUGACCAGAGGUAAUAUACUAACACACCCCACCCUGACCAGAGGUAAUAUACUAACACACCCCACCCUGACCAGAGGUAAUAUACUAACACACCCUGACCAGAGGUCGUAACUAAACACCUGACCAGAGGUAAUAUACUACCACCCCACACCCUGACCAGAGGUAAUAUACUACACACCCCACCCUGACAGAGUUAAAUACUAACACCACCCCCCCUGACAGAGGUAAUAUACACACACCUGACAGAGGUAUAUACUAACACACACCCCCGACAGAGGUAAUAUACUAACACACCCCCACCCUGACCAGAGUAAUAUCCUAACCAUCCCCCCCUGACCGAAGGUAAGAUCUAACACACCCCACCCUGACCAAGGUAAUAUACUUACACACCCUGACCAGAAGGUAAUAUACAACACAUCCCUGACCAGAGUAAUAUACUUACACACCCUGACCAGAGGUAUAUCUAACACACCCCCCCGGACCAAGUAUAUACUAGACUAACACAACCCUUACCAGAUGUAUAUAAACUAACACACCCAACCUGACCAAGGUAUAUACUACUACCACACCCCCACCUGACCAGAAGGGAAUAUACUAACACACCCCACCCUGACCAAGGUAAUAUACUAACACACCUGACCAGAGGUAAUAUCUAACACAACCCCACCCUGACCAGAGGUAAUAUACUACACACCCCACACCCUGACCAGAGGUAAAUAUACUAACACAAAACCCUUACCAGAGGGAUAUCUAACAGCACCACCCUGACCAUAGGUAAUAAUCUAACACACCCACCCUGACCAGAGUUAAUAUACUACCACACCCCACCCUGACCAGAGUAAUAUACUAACGCACUCCAACCCUGACCAUAGGUAAUCUACUACCCAACCCCACCCUGACCAGAGGUAUAUACUAACACACCCCACCUGACCAUAGGUAAUAUACAACACAACCCUGACCCAGAGGUAUAUACUACACACCCCCCCCUGACCAUUAGGUUAUACUAACACAACCCGGAACCAGAGGUAAAUAUCCUAACACACCCACCCUGACCCGAGGUAAUAUACUAACACAACCCCAACCCUGACCAGAGUAAUAAUACUAACACCACCCCACCCUGACCAGAGGUCAUAUACUCCCACCCCAACCCCUGACAGAGGUAAUAUACUAACACACACCCCCCCUGACCAAGGUAAUAUACUAACCACCCUGACCGAGGUAAUAUACUACACACCCGGACCAGAGGUAAAAUAUAUACUAACACACCCCUACACCCUACCAGAGUAAUAUACCUAACAACCCCACCCUGAAACCAGAGGUUAAUUACUAACACACCCCACAGCCCUGACCAGAGGUAAUAUUCUACCCCCACCCUGCUCAAAGGUAUUACUAACACCCCCCACCAUUUAAGGGUGUUUACUUUCCGUUAUCAAAUAAAUGUAAUGGAAAUACAAAGACACAAAUGUGUGAAUCGUUUUUUGAAUUGUUUGCUUCGUAGGUAACCUUCAUGUUGUGGUGGCGUUCAAGGUCCAGUCCCCAGUCCAGAGCUUCAGUGUGGCCGCUUCAGGUGUCGGAGAGGAUCAUCGUCAGGGUAACCUCUGCAAGUCUGACCGUGUCUGUCUUUCGGUCGUCCCCUCCUCUGAUCUAUCUCAGUUUUUACCUAGGCAGGAAAUAAACUCACAUUCACAUUUAAUUUACAUCAUUUAGCAGAACGCUCCUUAUCCGAGCGACUUACAAAUUUGAAGUCGGUUGUGCUCCAUGAUUCCAAAAUUGGAACUUUUGGUUUCCUUACUGAUUGAAAUGGAAAUGAGCCCACUCUGAGACCCAUCUUUCUGCAUCUGUUAUGGUCUAGAUUCUUGUUCUGUAAAUAUAAUAAUCAAUCAUGUUUUUCUUUAGAUCUGUUGAUGCUCUUAAACGAAUCUCCCUUCAGAUCAUCUACCAGGUUUAGGAAGGCUACUCAGUGUAGCACGCGCACUGCAACGGAAAGAGGAGUCCAGGACGAUCUCGAAUCAUAAGUUUUUCCUCAGUCAAUAUCUCUGUUUUUGUCUGUCCCUCCCUCUCUGGGUUUCAAGCGCUCAACCCAGGUCAGUUUUGAGAGUGACAGUGAGGUUCUGUGCAUCGCGGCCCAGCUGGCUGACUCAGUCAUCCACACCACGUCCGGGUCGGCAUCAAACCGACCGGCCAGCGAGCCAUUGUCAUCCACGGCAACCUAA